AUGGAGACUUCUACAUUUAUAUUCACUGACUGGGAGGAUCAGGAACUGCGCCUAAAAGCAGGGGACCAUAUGAUCAACACCAACUGCUCUGCUGUCCACACCCGCCAAGCUCUCUGCUGCAAGAUGUCUGUGGAAUAUGAUAAAUUCCUAGAAUCUGGGCAAAAGUGGUUUUGCCACGUGGACGAUGAUAACUAUGUGAAUCCACGGACUCUCCUGCAUCUCUUAUCUGCCUUCUCACACAGCCAGGAUGUUUAUGUGGGGCGACCAAGUCUGGACCACCCCAUUGAAGCAGCUGACCACGGUCAAAGUGACGGAUCAACGACUGUGAAAUUCUGGUUUGCCACGGGUGGAGCGGGAUUCUGUAUCAGCAGAGGUCUUGCCCUGAAGAUGAGUCCCUGGGCUAGCCUAGGUAAUUUCAUCAGUACCGCAGAAAGAGUGCGUCUUCCCGAUGACUGCACUAUUGGCUACAUCAUUGAAGGGCUGCUGGAGGUGAAGCUGCGGCACAGCCCGUUGUUUCACUCACAUCUGGAAAAUCUGCAGAAGCUACAAGGCGAAUCUGUGCUGCAGCAGGUAACUCUGAGUUAUGGGGACCCUGAGAACAAACACAAUGUGGUGAGUGUAGGAGGAGUGUUUGGCCUGCAGCAAGAUCCAACUCGGUGAGUGUCAUCUUCCAAAGUAAGAUCUUCCUGCUCUGUUUAUGUUUAUCAACUGCA